AAAAGGACGGGCCCGGGGAGAAGAUGGAGUUCCCCGGAGGAAGUGACAACUACCUGACCAUCGCGGGGACCUCCCACCCCUUCUUGUCGGGGGCCGAGACGUUCCACACGCCCAGCCUGGGUGAUGAAGAGUUUGAGAUCCCGCCCAUUUCCCUGGACUCCGACCCCUCGCUGGCCGUGGCCGACGUGGUGGGCCACUUCGACGACCUGGGCGACCCCACGGCCUCGCAGGACGGCAGCUUCUCGGCCCAGUACGGCGUCCAGGCGCUGGAUAUGCCCGUGGGCAUGACCCACGGCUUGAUGGAGCAGGGCGGCGGGCUCCUGAGCGGGGGCUUGGCCAUGGACCUGGACCACUCCAUAGGCACUCAGUACAGCGCCAACCCGCCCGUGACCAUCGACGUCCCGAUGGCCGACAUGACGUCCGGCCUGAUGGGGCACAGCCAGCUGACCACCAUCGACCAGUCGGAGCUGAGUUCCCAGCUGGGUCUGAGCCUCGGGGGCGGGACCAUCCUCCCUCCCCCGGCCCAGUCCCCCGAGGACCGGCUGUCCACCACCCCGUCGCCCGCCAGCUCCCUGCACGAGGACGACGUGGAGGACUUGCGGAGGGUCCCCAGCCAGAAGGCCAUCGUGGUGGAGCCCGGCAAGAAGCAGAAGACCCCCAAGAAGAAGAAAAAGAAAGACCCCAACGAGCCUCAGAAGCCGGUCUCGGCGUACGCCCUGUUCUUCCGGGACACGCAGGCGGCCAUUAAGGGGCAGAACCCCAACGCCACCUUCGGGGAGGUCUCCAAGAUUGUGGCCUCCAUGUGGGACAGCCUGGGCGAGGAGCAGAAACAGGUGUACAAGAGGAAGACCGAAGCCGCCAAGAAGGAAUACCUGAAGGCGUUAGCCGCGUACAAAGCCAAUCAGGUGUGUCAGGUGACCGUGGAGACGGUGGACUUGGAGCCGGCCCCGCCGCCGCCGCCGCCGCCGCCGCAGAACGCCACCCCGUCCCCCGCCGCCCCCGCCACGGCCGUCGCGGCGGCGCCCGCCCCCCCGGCGCCGUCCGAGCCGCCCACCCUGUCCCCCUCGAUCGUGGUCAACUCGGCCCUGUCGUCCUACGUGACCAACCAGGCCCCCGGCGGGGCGGGCGGCCAGCCCAGCAUCACCAAGAUCAUCAUCCCCAAGCAGAUGCUGACGUCCGGCCAGCUGCCCUCCUCCAUCGCCGUGUCCCAGGGGGGCAUGGUCACCGUCAUCCCGGCCACCGUGGUCACCUCGCGGGGGCUGCAGCUGAGCCAGCUGCAGGCGGCCCCCAGCUCGGCCGGCCCCCAGGCCCAGAUCGUCACCCGCUCGGUGCUGGCCGCCUCCAUCCAGCUGCCCCCGCCCCGGCUGCAGCCCCCGCCGCUGCAGCAGAUGCCCCAGCCGCCCCCGCCGCAGCAGGUGACCAUCCUGCAGCAGCCCCCGCCGCUGCAGGCCAUGCAGCAGCAGAAGGUGCGCCUCAACCUGCAGCCGCAGCAGCAGCAGCCCCCGCCCCCGCCGCUGCAGAUCAAGAUCGUGCCCCCGCCCGCCCUGCAGAUCCAGCCGGCCCCCGCGCCCCCGGCCCUGGAGCCCGGCCCCGAGCCCCGGACCGCGGACGCCCCGGCCUCGCCCGAGGCCAUCGAGAUGAUCGCGGACGUCGUGCCCGAGGUGGAGUCCCCGUCCCAGAUGGACGUGGAGCUGGUGAGCGGCUCGCCCGUGGGACUGUCCCCUCAGCCCCGCUGCGUGCGCUCGGGCUGCGAGAACCCGCCCGUCGUCAGCAAGGACUGGGACAACGAGUACUGCAGCAACGAGUGCGUGGUGAAACACUGCAGGGACGUGUUCCAGGCCUGGGUGGCCUCCAGGAACUCGAGCCCGGUGGUGUUUGUGAAAUAGGCCUCGCUUCCACCCGCCACGCGAGACUCGGCGUUUGGGCUCUCCGGCCCCGGCCUCGCGUCUGA